AACAUUAAGCAUGUAGUCAACUCACAGACCGAUAAAAACAGUAAAAUCAGUUUUCGUUAUGCAAAAGUUUUUGCUGGCCAUAUAAUAUCGAGUGAAAAUGGCGCACAAAGCGAACUCCGAUCUUUUUUGUGUUAGUCCGAAGAACAUGAUCUUCUAUGCACCGUACGAUCGCGUGCAGAAACGUUUGGUCACUUUAUUGAACCCAACUGGGGAGCGGCUGCUCUUCAAGGUACUGACGAAUGCGCCUUGGCAAUACAAUGCCAUACCGAACUGUGGCUUCAUCGAGCCAUACAACAUCAGCGAGAUCUGCAUCAGUCUGCAUCACUUUGAGUUCGAGCGGGAUAAGGAAUAUAGCCAUCGCGUUUGCAUCCAGUGCAUUCGAGCGCCGCUAACUGAGUAUCUGAAUAACCAAACAAUUCUGUGCAUAUUCAAGCAAGUGCGUCGCUCCAAGAUCCACAAUGUGCGUGUGCCCAUCGAACUGAAGCCGGAGCCCAUAUGUAUACCACAACAUGAGCUGGAAGGUAUUUUGCAAAACGACGUCCAAAAGCUGAUAUGGGACCUGCGACCCAUUAACACCGACUAUAUGGCCCAACUCAAGGAAGUGACCAUGAGGGGCCACAAGAACCGCUGCAGCUGGGUACGCAUGCUAUUGGGGCCGCUUAUCUUAAUAUCGACUGGGCUGGCUGCUGGUGAGAUUGAAAUAAUUUCAAAAACGAAAUAUUCGCAGAAAUGAAUACGGGGGAUUGUGAAAAUUAAAAUAGGGUUUUAGAAACAACAA